GGCUCGGAGUGAUCUGACCACUUUUAGUUUGUGAAAGUUGUGACGUAGUCUGUAUGAAACGCUAUCAACAGAACAAUUAUCCAAAAAGCAUAAUGAUUGUGAUCAUAUCCUGCUAAUGGACAGUUUGGUUAUUGUGAAAAAUGCAACAUGGUGCAGUUAUACAAGGUUCCUUUGUUUAACAACAUCAACAAACCCGCAAUGGCACGAACUCCUCUUAAGUCGUCCUUUUCGAUAAGUUCAAUCCUGCCGGAAACAACUGCCGAAGACGAAGAAUCUAGUCAACAUCCAGAGCACCAUCCCCAUCACAAUCAUCAUCAGGAACCGUUCGAGGAAGAAGAUUCUCACUCUGAUUCCGAUUUGGAUGUGACCGGUGAUGAUACUCCACCACUGGAUUGUUCAAAGACUGCAAAAGCAACUAGCGAAAAUGAUGGUAAAAAAGACGCGAACAAAACUAAAGAUAAACCGCCCUACAGUUACAACGCUUUGAUCAUGAUGGCCAUCAGGAACAGUCCGGAAAAACGUUUAACCUUAAACGGAAUUUACGAAUACAUUAUGAAGAAUUUUCCGUAUUAUAAGGACAAUAAACAGGGCUGGCAAAACUCGAUACGACACAAUCUUAGUUUGAAUAAGUGUUUCGUAAAGGUUCCUAGACAUUACGAUGAUCCAGGUAAAGGAAACUAUUGGAUGCUGGACCCAUCGGCGGAAGAUGUGUUCAUUGGAAGCACCACCGGAAAAUUACGAAGAAGGUCAACUGCAGCAUCUCGUUCAAGAUUAGCAGCGUUCAAAAGGACCAUGAUGUUUGGUCCUAGUACUCUUUAUCCUUCACCGUUUCCCGCUUAUAAUCCAGCACUGCUGGGACUAUGCCCAAAUCCAGCUCUUCUAGCAACCAUGUACCAUCGAUACAAUCCGUUUUUGCCGUCAAUUCUUCCCAAACCGACGCCCAUAUCGCCUCACAAUUUUGGAAUCGAUAGGCUAAUGUCUUUACCGGAUAUUAGGCAAACUGUGCCGAGUGGCUUUGACUUCUGUGCCGGUGGUAGCGGUAACAGUGGUAGUAGUUUCAAGUUGCCCUCCUCAACGGGACAACUGAUGCUAGUACCUCAUCAUUCUUCGGCUGUAAUGGACAAUUUAAGACACUAUCACAGUGCCAGUGCCGUCGGAAAUAGUUCAACGAGUUCGUCCAGUUUGACAGAGACUAUGUCAGGUUCGCCAGAAGGACCGCCGAACGGUUUAUUGAAACCUGUUACGGUACUUACAAAACACUCGUAAAUUUCGACUGUUAUUAAUUACUAAAUUAAGCUAAAAGUGUUUGUAAAUAUGUCUAUUAAUUAUUUAUGUAACUCUAUCUACUUAACUACCAUGUAAAAUUAUACUGUAAAUACAAAUGAAUUCUGUGAAGAGCAUCGGUCAAAUGAAAGAGAAUUUUCUGCAUCUACAUUAAAUUAUUACCUGUAAAUAAUUAUUUCAGCUUCCAGCAAAUAAUUCGUUUGCCCAGAAUUAUAACGAAUGUUCGGAAUAACAUGUGGUUAUGUUUGUAUCAUUCGU